AUGUGUAGAACAGAUACUUGUGUACAAAAUAAUGAAAUAAAUGAAAUUGUACAUGAAAUAGUAAAUAUCAAAUCAGAAAUAUGUUCAGAAGACGACGAAACUACCUCUACAAAUUUUGAUCCUCUAGAGUACGAGAUAAAAGAAGAGAUCAUUGAAGAAGACUCCCAAGACCAAAACAGCAUAAACGAAAAACCCUUCCAAUGUACCUUCUGUGACAAAUCCUUCGAAUACAAUCAUGCUCUUUUACGACACAUCAGAACCCACACAAAUGAAAAAACCCACGUCUGCAAUGUAUGUGGCAAACAAUUCAGUCUUAAAAGCAAUUUAGUCUCGCACCUCAGAACGCAUACUGGUGAGCGCCCUUUAUGUUGUCCACAUUGUGAAAAAGUUUUCACGCAACCAAGUAAUUUAACUAACCACAUGAAAAGCCACACUGAAGACAGGCCUUUUAAAUGCACCUUUUGUGAUCAAGCUUAUACAAACUCUAAUGGUUUAGAAAAGCACAUCAAAAUUCAUGACGUUGAUAGAAAAUAUAAAUGCUCGUUUUGUGAAAAGUAUUUUAAAAACCCAAGUAGUUUACAGAGACACGAAAGAACUCACUCAGGGGGACGCCCCUUUACAUGUCAGAUUUGUUUUAAGACCUUCAGUGACGAGUUUUAA